UCCACUAUGAAACUGAAUUUCUUAAGGUGUAGAAAUUUUCUUAUUCCUUUUUGUAAAUGGUUAACUCUCUCGAAAAGCAGCAGGAUAAUAAUGUUUAUCUUACCUACUGCAUCUGCCAUUUUUCGUUGCUCGGAGCAACUGAAAGCUAGCAGGUGAUUGGUCACCUUUCGUAGGUGGCAACUGCUGCUAUGGCAACGGUUGUCACGCGUAUAAACAGUUGAGGACUUGUAAGCGUGAAACCAAGUGCAUAGAAGAGUUGUUGGUUGUGAAGUAUAUUUUAAAAUAUAAUAUUUACGAAUCGUUCGUACUAAUAAUGUCUGUUACCACACGUAUGUCCUUGGCAAUGGGAAAGCAUGUGGCAAGAAUCCGAGGGAAACCAAAACAUAAUAUGUCACUUAGUACUUCAUGUAUUAUUGCAAAUGAACCAUUGACAAAGACUGUACAAUAUGAUGGUGUUCGUAAAAUAAUCAUGUCAAGUCAAAAAACGAGAAAUGCACUGUCCAUGAAAAUGAUGGAAGACUUGAUUGCAGGCAUCACCUGCAAUCAGAAUGACCCUUCCCUCAGGUGUAUUUUACUGUAUGGAGAAGGACGGGUGUUCUCAGCUGGCCACAAUUUGAAAGAACUGAUGAGCAAAGAUGGGUCUGAAUUCCACCAUGAGGUUUUUGCAACCUGUUCUCGUCUGAUGCUAGGCAUCUUACAAUGUCCUGUGCCUGUCAUAGCUGUUGUUCAAGGACUGGCUGCUGCUGCUGGUUGCCAACUUGUUGCUAGCUGUGACAUUGCAAUUUGCUCUGAUAACAGCUCCUUCUCAACUCCAGGAGCAAACUUUGGAAUAUUCUGCUCUACACCUGGAAUUGCUGUUGGUCGUGCAGUGCCAAAAAAAGUAGCAGCUCACAUGUUGUUUACAGGUCUUCCUCUUUCAGCUGAAGAAGCUUUAAGAGCAGGUCUUGUGAGCAAAGUUGUUCCUGCAGAAGAUCUAGAAGAAGAAGUGAGGAAGAUAGUGGAUUCAAUAUGUAACAAAAGUCGUGCUGUCAUUGAACUUGGCAAGAAGUUUUUCUAUCAGCAAUUAGAAACUGAUAUAAGAACUGCAUACAGAAUGGGUGAGGAAAUAAUGGUAAAUAACUUAGCGAUGUCUGAUGGCCAAGAAGGAGUUCGCAGCUUCAUAGAAAAGAGGAAGCCUUGUUGGACGCACAGCUCAGAAAAAUGCCACUAAUGAUCAGCUAUUGCUUCUCUAAUUGUAAUAGUUGUUACAUAAGUUAGUCUGCUUUUGCAUGCAGUUGGGUCUAAAGGUUUCCACUUCAUGUCCUAGGCCCAUCCUUCAGUUGUGCACUCAGAAAUAGCUUCACAGCAUUUUCAUUCAUUUCAUUAUUUACAAACUGAAGUAUGUUAUAUCUAGGUAGUAGCAUAAAGAGAUCCAUUGGUGUAUUGCUUAUAGGAUGAAUAUGGAAAUGUCCUUUUAUCUAAACAGAUAAUUCUUUUUGUCACAUCCCAAGGCUCACUAGGUUUGUAUACUUCUGUCAGUGCAGAUUCUUGACCAUCAAUAAUUUCAGCUCCAUAAUUUUUGUAUUUUAUGAUUCUGCAAAUUCAAAACAUAUUUGGAAGUUCUACUUUCUCACUACCAUUACUCUAUCAAGUUUUGGCAUUCUUCAGUCAUUAUAUCUAAACUCAUAAUAAAUACCUUCUAAUAUACUCAGUAACUGAUUGUCAGUAAAAUUAUUGUUCUUCCUGCCUGUUUAAUGUUAGUUGAUUAGCUGCUGUUUCAACUUAUAGGCAUCAGCCACAGUGAACUUUUUAACAGAAUUAUAAUCAUCACAAUGUUUGUAAGUUUACUCAAACACUUACAUCCUACAAAGUGUGCCAUGCAGAAAUUGCUCAGAGUGUGAUCUAAAUUCUGUAAGUCUGAUACCUUAAAUGAUGAGAAAAUGAUGAAUAAUAUAUAGUGCUUUGGGAAGAUAUUGUCAUUGCACACUCAGGAUGCUACUGGUAAUUACACAGAUGCUGUAGAAUGACACACUUGUUCUGCCACUUCCAUAUUCUCCAACUAUCUUUCACAGCUCACCACAUAGCUCAGACUCAUUCUCCAGAUGUUGUAUGCAUGUUUGGUUUAAAGUGUAGUUACUCUCAAAGCAAAUCAGAUGCCGGUAGCCUACAUAAUCUGUCUCUUUACAUUAUGUUGUAGCUAAUAAUUCAGACACUGUUUUAACAACACUCCAUAAAUAUACUGCAAUUCACUGCCCCUGUGUCAAUUCAGCAAUGGUAAUUGCUGAGUUUAGAUGUGCAAAAUUUAUGAAAAUAAUAAAAUGUGUAAAUAUUAUAAGUAAAUGAAUAAGGAAACAUGUUUAUAAAAUUGAAUAGCUAUAAACAGAGUAUGGCACAUAAUUUCACAUGUAUAUCAAGUUCUGUUGUUAUACGUCAUAAAUAAAGUCAAAUAUUUUUUA